AGUAAAAAUAAAAUAACCAAUUAAUCUAAUUUCUACGAAAACAGGAUGUCAUCGCCAGAGUUACAAGCGAAGAUCGAUCAGUGGCUAAAGUGGGACAAAUGUGAAAAGACGCGCAAUGAAAUUCUCAAUCUAGUUCAAAGUAAUAAUUGGAAUCAAUUGAAGCAGGUACUGCUACAACGUGUGGAAUUCGGUACAGCGGGUUUGCGUGGGCGUAUGCGUGCCGGUUUUAAUGGCAUGAAUGAACUGGUCGUGGUGCAGGCCGCACAGGGCCUGUCCACAUAUAUGCGCACUCAGUUUAGUGAGAGCGAAUGUCGAACGCGUGGCAUAGUCUUCGGCUUUGAUGGUCGUCAUAAUAGUAAACGUUUCGCUGAGCUCUCUUCCAAUAUUUUUGUACGUGCCGGCUUCAGAGUUUAUCUGUUUAGGCAGAUGGUGCUCACACCGAUGAUUCCCUUCAGCAUAAAACAUUUCAAAUGUCUGGCUGGCGUAAUGGUCACCGCUUCGCAUAAUCCGAAGGAUGAUAAUGGCUAUAAAGUGUAUUGGGAGAAUUCAGCACAAAUAGUGCCACCGCACGAUAAGCACAUACACAAUAGAAUACUCGAAAAUUUAGAACCAUGGGAAGAUUCAUUCGAUACAAAUGGCUUAUAUAUAUGCACUUGUCUAUUGGCUGAUCCAAAGGAUGCUAUAACCGCCUAUGUGCAGCGUGUGCAGGCUGGAGUGCCGCAGGAAUUCAUCGAUAUCAAUAGUCGAAGUGAAUUGCGUUUCGUCUAUACGGCAAUGCAUGGUGUUGGUUAUCCAUUCUUGCAAAAGGUAUUCGAGGCUGUAAGAAUUAAGCCAGUAAUUUAUGUGAAAGAACAAAAUGAUCCAGAUCCAGAGUUUCCCACAGUUGCGUUUCCAAAUCCAGAGGAAGGUAGAGUCGCACUAGAUAUGGCAAUCAAUUUGGCGGAAAGAGAGGAUGUAGAAUAUGUAAUUGCAAAUGAUCCAGAUGCAGAUCGCUUCGCUUUGGUGACAAGAAAUCCCAUGACUAGAGAAUGGAAGAUAUAUAAGGGCAAUGAAAUCGGGGCAUUACUUGGGUGGUGGGCCAUGUUCUUGUAUAAAAACCAAAAUCCGUGUCCUGAUUUUAAAAACUGCUGGAUGAUUGCUAGCACUGUUAGCUCCAAGAUACUUAAAGCUUACGCGCAUAAAGAAGGCUUUAAUUUUAUUGAAACAUUAACGGGAUUCAAAUGGAUGGCCAACGAGGCUGAUCGUCUAAUUAGGAGUGGCAAAACUGUGCUCUUCUCGUUUGAAGAAUCCAUCGGUUUUAUGUUCGGUACAACAGUCUAUGAUAAGGAUGGUGUUAACGCUGCUUGUCAAGUUGUUACAAUGGCCAACUAUUUGCAUGCGGUCAAGGGUAUUUCGCUCGAUCAGAAGCUCGAGGAGAUUUACAAAGAGUACGGAUUUCAUUAUAACAAUGCCUCGUAUUUCUUCUGCUAUGAGCCAGUAGUGAUUAACAAGAUUUUCGAAAGAUUACGCAAUUUUUCCGGAUCACCGAAAACAUAUCCCAAUGCGAUACUCAAUGGGAAAUAUAAAAUUCAAUUUAUACGCGAUUUAACAAAUGGCGUCGAUACCGAGCAACCUGACGGUAAUGCAAUUUUACCUGUAAGCGCCAGCACCCAAAUGAUCACGUUCAAAUUCUUUAAUGGACUCGUCAUAACACUUCGCACAAGCGGCACCGAGCCCAAAAUUAAAUAUUACGCCGAAAUGUGCGCCCAACCCGGGCAGUCGGACUUCGAAGCUCUCAUUAAUACCACGAACGAAAUGGUUUCAGCUAUUAUUGAGGAAUUCUUGCAGCCAAGUGUGAACAAUUUAACUCCAAAGGCGGAUUAAACAGUUUUUUCCAUGAAACUGAUGGAACUUUUAAAUCCAAAAUAAUACAGACUUAUAUAGUAUAUUAUAAAACUGCACGAAAUUACGA